GAGCGGGACGGCAACCGACCCAACUACUUUUCCGCUUCCCCGCUCAUUAUGGGUAAGUUCAUUGGUGCGACACCUCAACAAGUGCUGCGUGUCCAGGCGCUGCUGAAGCUUGGAGUGACAGAAGAGGAUGUCCGUCUCGCGGCAGAGCUUCUUCGACCGAGGACGAACAACGAGGGCACGAAGGCCGAGUGGCUGUUGAGUCUGAGCAUGGAACAAAUGUCGCGGUUGAAAGCCCUUGAAGAACUGGGUGUGAGUCAGGACAUGCUCGAAGAAGACCGUGGCCGAAUUCUAGGGGAUCUAGGAAUCCCACGCUGGGGAAACCCGGGAGACUCCAUGGUCGAUGCUGAACGGGACUCCAGCACCAGCGCUUGUGGGCCCGUUUUCCGAAAGCGCCAACACAUCGAAGGGACCGCGAAGAGGUGGGGCUUGGCGCAGCCCACCCGUCAGAAAGAGGUGGAAGUGGCCAAACUUGAGGACGAAUGCUUGUCUCAACAUUUGAGGAUCCAACAACUCGAGCUCGAGGUGGCUGCAGCGCUCACCCAGGCGGACAAGUAAACGCAUGUGCCUAAAGUCAAUGGUUCUCAUACCGUGCAUCGCUCACAGAACCGGGGCUGUACCUACACCCAAGCGUGGGUUCCAAAUCACUUGAGUCUGCAGCGUCUUCGAUGUUCUUGUGCUGAAACGAGUGGUGUCGUUUUAUCCCAUGGUGGUGCUUCGAUUGCGCAGAGAUAGGCUCACCCCCCUGCCUGUCGUUUUGAUACUGAUUCUAUUUUAUAUUUCGCUGUCUGUGGAUUGAUGUGGUUUGCCUUGUGGGCCAUGACACCUACCUGUCGUUGGAUUUAGACCUAUCUUACAUUUCGCUGUCUGUGGAUUGAUUGAUGUGGGUUGGUUGCCUUGUGCGUGAUGGCACCAGUUGCAGUGAGAGUAGUGUCGUGUGUUUUCUUGGUUGCGUUUGGAACCGUAUUUCGUCAGAGGCGCAUUUUUCAGCACCCGCGCGGGCGUGUGGUUCUCCUUGGGCGGGCAUUGGCGUUGUUCGAUGUAUUCGACCAAACGCCUUACAAAUCCACCGUCGUACGGAGUGCCUUGUUUCUUGAUAGAGUAACGGUUUUGUUGGUGGUGUGGAACGAAGUGAGGUGCGUUUUUACCUGUGUGGUUGUUCGUCUAGAUAACUGACCGGGGGUAGCCCCGGUCAGACUCUGGAGCCCGCCUUGUUUUUCUUCGGUAUCAAGGGUGAAGCCCUAGCGUGCGCUGUGGGAAGACUCGUUGUGUUUCAACGUAGAUAAAGCGACGCGCCCGGGUCCCACCUGCGUUCCGCCAUAGUUCUGAAAUUGCUGAAACUGCCACAGGGGGUUGUGAGGAGAUGUGUCGCUAGACCUUGUCACACUGGUUCUCGGAACCUCUCUACUCUUCCCGUCCUCCAUGUAUGAUAUGAUAUGUAGAUCCCAAGAAAAGCGAGAGGGUUGGACCAACCGCUAUCGUGUCACCAACAGAGAUAGAAAAGAGAUUGUGUCGCCGUGCAUGUCGCUGUUAUAUCUGUAGGUGUUCGUCUACAUGUUUGGUCAAUGGAGGGGUGGAUGUCGGAGUACGGUGCGUUCAAGUCGAUGCCUGUCUAGAUGGUCAACGGAGGGCACGUUUCACAAGAACGACAUGGACUGUCCAGUUGACUACUCCCCCCGCUACAAGUUGUAAAGAGUGCAGGUGUUUUCGUAACGUCAGGAUCUCGAUUGAAGACUUUUCUUUCAUGUAUUCGUGUUGCUUUGGUGGGUACAUGCGUCGUGCAUGUCGUGAAUUCUGAAUAGGGUCAAGCAAACGUAAAGCAAGCCUAUGACCACCGAUGGUGGUAUCUGUAACCAAAGAACAUGCUUGUUUUUGUAACGGAGCAGAGCAACUAAUGGGGGAAACCCUUGAGUCUGCUUUGUCAAACGCCCGUCAAACAAUG